UUUAAGAUCGGGGAGCACGAGAUCGAGAUUAGUGUGUUGGAAAGACUCGGUGGCAGUGGCAGCGGGUGGUCAGGGUGUGUGUGUAACCUUGAACGCCACGCCUCAGCACGCGCGGGAUCAAUAAUCAUCACCUGCAUUGCCUGGCAGAGUUCGGCCAGGGUCUGGUCUGCGACAGUGCCGCUCCAAAUACUACAGCACCCUCGCAACACCAAGCACCGUCCGGCCUUCAGGGACUGCACACCGCACACCGAAUACCCGGCCUCUACCAACACCACCACCAGUUACACCCGGCCCCCAUCCCCAUCCCCAGCGCAUACAGAACACACCAGCAUACAUCCUCUCCACACCCGCCGCGUUGCGACCACCACGAGCGAGGCCUCGGUGCCUCCGCGCUAGGCAGCAUGGGCAACAUUUCCAGUAGACCCGACGAGGGUCAAAUCUGCCUGAGCGACCAGUCGAGAUUCACGAUUGCGAGCAUAACCAUUACCAACUCUCGGGGCCAGACACUGCUCAGAGUGGGCCCAAAUGCCUAUCCUGCCACCAGAUAUGCUGCUCAGCGAGAUACUGGCGACGACUCCCCCAUCGAAUUCGUACAGGCCUGGCUAACGUACCGUGCGUUACAGGACCCCGAGAGCAUCGCCAGCGGCCUCCCACCAUCCUUCCUCGUACGCCUCUCGAAUAGCGACGAUAUAAAUUUCCAUUUCACCUUCAUCAUUCGACAGCAGACUCAGUCCACCAGCCCCCCAACCAGCAAUGCCGCACCUUCCAUGAUAGACACCCAACUUUCCGGCCUGACCUACGUCUUCGCAUCCACGCCAAAAGAGGUAGAGCACCUGGUCGUGCGUGAAUUCCAUUCAGAUCCGAACUUGCACAAAAAUCCCAAUGUGCAGCUAAUAGGCGACUACUCGACCGGUGGCAAUGCCAGUGCACAAUUCACGUGGACGUGGAAAUGGAGACCGCCGAAGCCGUCAGAAGAUCGGGGUGGAGGAUGGCGCAACAGCUGCAGUUUCGUGGAGUAUAACCAGCGCUCACAUAAGCUGGAAACGCUUGCAAGCUUUAGCUUUUGGGUGCAAAACACAAAUAAGCUUAUGAGCAUUGCACCCAAGUCUCCCCGACUGGAUGUACCACAAAGACUACGCAUUCCUUCGACACAGUCAAUUGAAUCUCGCGUCAGCAAUGUCAGCGACUCCGAGGGCGAAGGCAGCUAUAAAGAUUAUAAAGAGCCACAGUCGCCUGGAUUCGAGCCCAUUCCGGAGAAUGGUCUUGGUCUGGUGCCCACAUUGACAAAUACGGCAGCACCUGUGAAAGUGGACAUUGCGACAUGCAAACCCGGCGAGGACCCGUCGCUUAACGAGGAUGGGCCGCUUUUCCGAGCGACGAUGAGAUCUUUGGAGCAGAAGACCGGACACAUGAGAUUGCGCAUGAAGAAGGUGCUGAAGACGGCUGAAGCUGCCGUGCAAGCACAGCAAGCAUGCAAUCAAGCCGUUUUCGACUUUACACAAGCUUUGAAAGAAGCAUCCACAUCGAAUGCGAAUGCCGUUCAGCCGGCGCUUGACCACUACUUUGAGAAGAUCGCCAAGGAAAUCUUGUCGUACGAGAAGCAAAACACCACCAACUUGCAGCGACUUAUCAUUGACCCGGUGAGCAAGCUGUAUAAUUUCGAGCUCAAGCGUGCAGAUGACAAGAAGCGGGAGUUCGACGAAGAAAGCAAAGAAUACUACGCCUAUGUUGGCAAGUAUCUUGGCCAGCGAUCCGAGUCGCUGAAAGAGAAGAAGGUCAAGCAGAGUGACGAAAAGUACCAGACGAAGCGAAGGACGUUUGAGCUCAAGCGGUUUGACUACUCCAGCUUCAUGCACGACUUGCAUGGCGGUCGCAAAGAUCAGGAAGUACUUUCACAUUUGACGAAAUAUGCAGACGCGCAGACGAAGAGCUAUCUGGCCACUGCGAAGAAGGUGGAGGAGAUGGUUCCUCAACUCGAUGCACUCGUUGCAGAAGUCAAGAUCGCGGAUCAGGACUUCCAACUUCAACGGAAGGAGCGAGAAGAGAAACGUCGCAUGCUGGAAACCAGCAGCAAGCUUGUCAGCGAAGACGGCAACGUUGUGCCACCUGGCGGCCUGUCCUACUCGACAUCCGUGAGAGACUCCAUGCGACCGGGCGAGUAUGCAUCACAUCGGACGGGCAGCAUUAGUGGAGCCGUGAUGCUGUCGCAAUCACCUCCCAACGCGAGCGACCUUGCUGUCCAGGCACCGGCAAAUGGCAUGCUCAACACGCCUGCAAGCAAUGCCGCAGCGUUGUCAUCGAGUCCGAACAGCAGGUUCAAGGGCAUUCGAGAUCUUGAAGACAACAGCGCUGCAAGUCUCAAUGGCGGGCCUCAACGGAAAGAGGGUCUCCUGUGGGCGCUGAGCAGGCCUGGCAGUCACGUCGACCCGAAAGGCCUGACGAAACCAGGAUGGCACAAAUACUGGAUUGUGCUGGAUCAGGGCAGGCUCUCAGAAUACGUCAACUGGAAGGAGAAGCUGGACCUGCACAUGGAUCCGAUCGACUUGCGCAUGGCGUCUGUGCGAGAAGCACGUAGCUCCGAUCGGCGUUUCUGCUUCGAAGUCAUCACGCCCCAAUUCACGCGAGUGUACCAGGCGCCUUCCGAGGACGACAUGCGAUCAUGGAUUGCUGCCAUCAACAACGCCUUGCAAAGCGCUUUCGAGAAUAAGAAUCAGCAGCUGCCCGCAUCGCCAUCGUCUUCGCAGACAUCGCAUCGAAAGGACAUCGCGGCCGUGCUGACCGGCAAAAGCUCGUCAUUCUCUGGCCACAGACAGGUGUCGAAUCCUAACAGGAACGCAGCUGCCUCUGCUGUCAACAGACAUGCCACAACCGGUGACAAGCCCGCUUACAAACGCGCAGAAAGCGAGCCUGAGCCAUCCGCUCUUCUGCAGCGCAUACGAAAUGCCGAUGAAGGCAACAAGGUCUGCGCUGACUGUGGCUCUGAUGCCAAGGUGGACUGGUGCUCAAUCAAUCUUGGCGUCUUACUAUGCAUUGAAUGCAGUGGCAUACAUCGAUCGCUCGGCACACAUAUCUCCAAGGUCAGAUCGCUCACACUGGACACGCAAGUCUUCACCCAAGAUAUCAUCGAAGUUCUACUCUUGAUUGGCAACCGCGUGAGCAACAUGAUCUGGGAAGCUAAGCUCGACCGAUUUUUGAAGCCGUCGCCGCAUUCGACAAGAGAACAGCGCCUCCACUUUAUCACUGCUAAAUAUAGCGACCGUACCUAUGUACAACCUCCAGCUUCGGGCCAGGCACCGGACGAUCAUCUGCUUACUAGUAUCAAGAAGAAUGACAUUCAGAACGUGCUGCAUGCUCUGGCACUGAAAGCGAACCCGAAUGCGCAUGACCGCGUGAGGUCGACACAUGCUCUUUAUCUUGCCUUGGCUGCAGCAGAUCCGGCGUCACCUGCAAGUCUACCGUCGCAUUCCUCCUCGCUUUCCGCAUCCAUCCGGACUCCUCCUGGCUCGGCGCCGAUAGCGCCUCCACGACCAAACAGCCCACGCCCACGAAAGGCCUUUGCUGUUGCUGAGCUGCUUCUGCAGAAUGGAUCAGACAUCCCAACUGAGCCGUCGCCGUUCCCACUUUCCGACGCAGCCAAGAUGUACAUUGAACUCAAGAAUGAGCUGAAGCUUGGCAAGUCCCAUGUCAGUGCUGGCAAGGAGGCCAAUGGCGACAACCUCACCGCUCUGCCAAGUUCGAUACAGGGGUCCUCGCCAGGCAGCCUCUCCCGCGAUCGCGAAAAGCUCCUGAACCGGAAUAGCACAGGGAGACCCAAAAGCAGAACAUCAGACGUUAUGGAAGGAUUAGAAGAAGAACUUGACCUUUUACCGGACAUCAAUGACCUCCUAGGACGUAGACGCUCGCAUUCCCACCGAGAUCGUGAUCGCGAUGGCCUCCUCACCGGCCGCGCAAGCAACCGAUCAGGAAUCAAGACCAUUCGUGAGCGAUCCAUCAAUCGCUCCCGCUCUUUCAAAGCCCGAGCCAAAGCGCAUUGGCAGAAUCUAGACGGCGCGUUUGAGAUCCUCGCCGGCGAGGGUCGUGGUGAGGUUUUCGGCGUUGUCAAAUGGCAACCGCUUAUGACGGGGAUUAAAACGAGGAUUUCUAGCCUCAGGAAGAGAGCGAAUACAGCUCCUCCGAGUGAGUGUGUGUGUGUAUUUACAUCUAUUGAGUACGACGCUUAUGCGAUGUGCGAUAUUGCUUCGUGGAUCGGAUUGGUGGGAUGGGAUGAGAUGAUAAUGCAUAAUGGAUAAUGAUCCGUGAGAGAGUUAGCGAGGAAAGAAGAAAUUUCAUGAUUCUUUGUGAUGAGGCUACGCAUAUACUUAGGCUCUUUUAUGCCUUUUAACGCUACCCUGCAAUGCAAGUGUGUCU